AAGUACAUGGACUACAUCUUCACAGGUGUCUUCACCUUUGAGAUGGUGAUAAAGAUGAUUGACUUGGGACUGCUCCUUCACCCUGAAGCCUACUUCCGGGACCUGUGGAACAUUCUGGACUUCAUUGUGGUCAGUGGGGCCCUGGUGGUGUUUGCCUUCUCAGGAUCCAAAGGGAAAGACAUCAACACCAUCAAGUCCCUAAGAGUUCUGCGCGUCUUACGGCCCCUCAAGACCAUCAAACGGCUCCCCAAGCUCAAGAACGCACAGCUCCUCAGCGCCGCCCUUUGCGAGGGGACCAGGCCCGGCGACCACCUCAGCGCGACGCCCUCAGGACACCGGGGUUCUGCGAUUCCAACCCUGAGUGCGACCUUCCUGUCCCAGCCCUGCCUGCCCAGGGGCAGCUGGUGUUCAGAGAACCGGGAGGGGGAGGUUCUGGGUUGAAAAUGG